AUGGCUUUUUCUUCUCACCUCUUCAUUGAUAAUUCUGAAGUCAGACUGCAAACCCAGCCUAAGCCACAGCCUGGUCAACCCUUGCUUUAUUCUGGGACCUUUGACUGCUUCAGAAAGACUCUUGUUGGAGAGGGAGUCCGAGGCUUAUACAGAGGAAUGGCAGCUCCUAUUAUCGGAGUGACACCCAUGUUUGCUGUGUGCUUCUUUGGAUUUGGCUUGGGAAAAAGACUCCAACAGAGAAAACCUGAUGACGUUUUGACAUACCCUCAGCUGUUUGCUGCUGGCAUGUUGUCGGGAGUGUUCACGACAGCAAUCAUGGCUCCAGGAGAGAGAAUCAAGUGCCUUUUACAGAUCCAGGCGGCUACAGGUGAAACUAAAUACAGUGGCUCUUUGGACUGUGCAAAACAGCUGUACCGUGAGGCUGGGAUUCGUGGCGUGUACAAGGGGACAGUGCUCACCCUCAUGAGAGAUGUCCCAGCCAGUGGAAUGUACUUCAUGACGUACGAGUGGCUGAAGAACAUUCUGACUCCUGAGGGAAAGAGUGUGAGUGACCUCAGUGUGCCCAGGAUCCUUUUUGCUGGGGGCCUGGCUGGGAUCUUCAACUGGGCAGUUGCCAUUCCACCAGACGUGCUGAAAUCCCGUUUCCAGACUGCUCCUCCAGGAAAAUACCCAAAUGGCUUUAGAGAUGUGCUGAGAGAACUUAUCAGAGAGGAAGGAGUUGGAUCUCUCUACAAGGGCUUCACAGCUGUAAUGAUCAGGGCAUUUCCCGCUAACGCGGCAUGUUUUCUUGGUUUUGAAGUUGCUAUGAAGUUUCUUAACUGGAUUGCUCCAGGUUUAUGAAGACUAGGAAGUCUUUGGAAUUUAGAGAGGAGGAGUGCAAGUCUGCCUCAAAGGAAUAAAUGAAUGAUCACUUGAAGUUUCAGGAAUUAUUGCUUGCCUAAUACCUUUUGCCUUCCUCACGUUCCUUAGGUGGUGCUAUGUGCCGUUCAGAAACGUAAGCUGUAGCUCUGAAACAGAGUUGAUGAGGAGUUAGGGGUGAUGCACCUCUCUUCUGAGCCAACGUACCACAGCAGUAACGCUGCUAACAGACAGCUGUCACUAUUACACACACUACCUUAAGUACUUCCUCAUGGAAGAAGGGGACACGUCUUUAAAUACAGUUCUUUGUUUACUGAAGAAACAUGUAGCUAUUAAUGCUGAAAAACUUCCUUAAAAUAGUUGUUUGGCCGUAUGUACUUAACUCUCAGGGCAUGAAUUAGCAGCUGCAUGUAGGAGUAGCUACCAGCAAUGUCAGAUAUCAUUCUCAUCUCUUGCAGUUUUUUAGUUGUGGUUAUUUCUGUGUUGACAGUGGUUUUACCUGCAUGUAAUACAGCAAACACAGAGCUAAGCAGGGAGAGCCAGAGCUACGUCUCGGUGAGUUGAGGGGUAUUACAGAUAGUGCAUCGGAUCUUGCAUAUGGAUCUGUUCUGUGGAACUAAGGGGGAAACACUUAACAUUUGUACUAAGCUUUACUGAACCAGCCAGUGGGGAAAUGUGUUUGAUUAAGCUGAACUUUUCUCUGAAAUCCCUUUCUGUCCCACUGAAGAUAUCCCAAAGGUGAUUUCAAAAGUACAGCACGGUUCAUAGCAACCCGUGGUUUAUUUGAUUUAUCAGAUGCUGUGUCCCGGGGUUCAAUCAUUGACAUUUGCCUGAGAAAAUGUAACAGCACUUCCAAGAACUCAAUUUGACACGAGGGGGUACAUGAAGGGGACACUGGCUCCGCAGUCUUGUCUAACUUUAUUCUUGCUCCGUUCCUUGGUUUUCUUUUAAUAUUAUUGAACAUAAUCACAUUUUCAUUUGAGAAAUUACUAAUGCUAAGAAGCAAAAAGCCACUUUAAUUUCUUUUGGUCCUGAUGCAGUGUUAUUGGAACUCAAUAAAGCUAGAUGCUGCUUGGCUAGAACGUGUGCUUCCAUUUACUUUUUGCAUGACCUUGCAUGGUUGGUUUUGCAAAAGCUUUCCAGUUCUUAAUUCUGAGAUGUGAUUGGGAAGUAAGUUGUGCCGUGCUGUCUUUAAUUGUUAACCUCUUGCUGUUUAGCUUUUGGAUUUCUGACAUGAACUGUGGAAAUUAACGUUCUGCAUUUCACCUGUUUGUCAUUCAAGGCCUGUUAGGUGCUGUGUUGUGGACAACUUUUUAGCUAUAAAGCCAGACACCAAAUAACACAUUGUGGAAAGUAUUUUAUGUUUUCCAGGGAGAGGCCUGGACACAGAUAGAGCAGAGUUUAGGGAAAGCAUUUGUCCCGAUGGCCCACAGGAAAGGAGGCUGAGAGUUUGUCCUUCGUCUGGCGUGGUCUGUUGGCCUGUACCAUAAGGACGCAGUCGUCACCUCGGCAGGGUCAGCCCUGAGAACUUUCCACCCAGUGCUGCUGCAGAAACCUUGAAUUCCACUUUCCUUCCCAAUUCCGUGGAAGGACCAGGAGGGAACCUGCCUUCCCCAGAGCCUGCCUCUUGUGUUUUACAGGGCGAGGGUGUGAAAGCAAUGGGGUAGCCCCUGGCCUGGGAAAAUCUCAGUCACUUGGAGCUGCCUCCACGUUCUCACUCCUGCCUUACCCACCGCGGAGCUUCCCCGCUCCUCGCUGCUUGGCAGGCGGCUGCUGCUGCAGUCACUGCAGCUACAGAUGAAUGAAAUACUUCAAGCAUAAACACUGAGUUAAUACUGGUUCAGAGAAGUGGCGACUAAAGCACAUUAACCUCUCAAAUGGUUUUAAACGCAGUUUUAGGUUUGCUGAGGCUAAAUCCGAAAUAGAUUCAAGAGGACCAGGACUGCUUUUAUGGCUCUGUGCUGCCGAACCACCAAAUGCUGUCCUGUCCUGCUUUGGCUCCCUGGCUGCUCUGGCAGCACUUCAGUCCUGGGGCUGUGAUGCCUAGAAGCAACUUCCAGCUUUACAAAGUGUUCUAAAGCCGGAUUUUUCUGUUUUACUUACGUGUUCCCAAAAUACUGACAAUUCUUGGGAGGGCAGAUGCGUACAGACUCUGCACCUCCUCCCUUAAAAAUUCCAGAUGCUGGUGCUUAACGCUGCCUGUUCCAGCCGUCCUGUCAAACGCAUCCUGUUGAGCUCCUAAUCUCACAGGAAACUGGGAAGAAUUGAAGCAUAAUCACCCGGUUGCAAGUGCGGUUCUCGGUUGGUUUAUGACGCAGUUGCCCAGCAGAUGGCUGUCUGGGGCUGUUAGCAAGAUGGACAAAACCUGCAGGACCAAAGGCAAGGUCAGAGGCAAAGGGAGCCAGCACACCAGCUGCUGCUGGCAGGCUACUGCGUCCCUUCGUGGCAGCUGCACCCUUCGGAGUUGGGCUACAAGAGUUUUAUGUCUGAUUCAGGACAGAGACAGCUGGAAAGCAGGAGCCUCUUCUCCAGAUCUGUCCUGCUGAGGAAGACUGUGAUCCUCCAGGCUGUGCGUUGCGGUUCAUACUCCCUCCCAUCCCAGUCCUAUUAGUCUGGAGUGUUGCAGACUAUGAAAAACAUUUAAUUCAUGGAAAACAAAUCAGGGACUAGCAACGCGCUGGAUUCAGUUGGUGGGAUUAAGAGCACAGCUUCUCCAUUUGGGCACUGAGGAGCCUUCUCUUAGUCUGUGUGCUGGGCUCUUGCUUGGUGCUCCCACACCUGCCCCAGCUGCCCUGCCACCAGCUCAGGCUCACCUGUCUGUGCCCUUGAGCAGCACUUGCUCUGAAAGACUCAAAUAUUCCCUACACUAACACUUCAGUAACUGUAAACUAUCUUUCUCCUGCCAAAAUAUCCCUUUUAAUACUUUAUAAAAAAGCAUUUCAGAUCCCUUUUUUUCCAAUUUCAAUUACCCUAAUUAUAUUCUCCCCAGUCUGAAGUUUUUGCAGAGCUUUGUAGUUUGCAUGAUAAAAUUCGGGCUGUUUAACAUGCUUGAUUUCAUUUGGUUCUUUUAGAGAAGUAAAAUAUGGAAGGCAGCAAUCAGGAAUGAGGGGCUGCUUUCCAACAGCAGCGGUGGGAGGAGAGGAGCUUAGGGAAGGCUGAUCAGACACAUCUGCUUGUUUGUUCAAAAACUGAAACCCAGGCACCCUGGAAAUGUUUAAAAAGCUGCUCGUGUCUCUCAAGAUUCUGCCAUACAAAAUUUGCCAAAUCCUUGCCCCCUGGUGUGUGCAGCCUCAGAAUGAGAGAGGGAUUUUUAACACAGGUACGGUUUCCUGCACACUGAGGACUCUCUUGCUUUCAGAAGCCCAGAUUUGCAUUUAAAUAUUUUCUAAUUCCCCAGCUUCUUGUGGGAAUCAAGGCAGCACGUAUACAGGUUGACGGUACGGAGCAGCAUCUGGUAAGCUGGGUCUCCACAUCAGCAAAGGAUACCGAUGACAUUUGUCUUUACGCUCCUUGUGCUGAUAUAAUACAUGUUUUUUUCUGUAUCGAAACCAGUGUAGAGUUCCACCAAAGUGUGCUGUACAUCUUCCUGGCCCAUCCUGCUUUGAUGUGAGUGAUCUUUCCAGUGGUGAUUCAAGGUGCCUGGAAGUAUUCCAGAAGUCAUCCACGAUACAUAAAUCUUCCACGCUUGCAUUUCUCUGCCCAUUGUGUGCAAGUGGCUUUUGUGUACACUCAGCGUUGCUAUUGACAGAAAGGUCCUUGGAAUACCCCUGACAAGUCAGUCUUGAUCAAAUCUGACUAACUAAAGGAAGCUGCCUGUGGGAGGAUUACUACAGAGUCUCCAGUUUGGGAGGGAUAUUGCAUGGUAGAUCUUACAAACGGUUAGUAAUGGGAAGAGGGUGCAUUUACUCCUAUUUCUCACAGUGUAAGACAUACA